UUAACGUUAGGGUCUCUAGUCCCGCCGCCGCCGCCGCCAUGGCGCGGCAGCAAGUCGCGGCCGCCGUCGCUGCCACCCUUGCCGCCGUCGCCGCCGUUUCCGCCAUACUCGCAGGCGAGGUCUACAGGCGCAGGUGCCGCCGGUUGGCGACCAGGGUCCGGGAGCUGGAGGCUUCGCUUGCAGCCGCCGCAGAUAAGACCGCCGCCGAGCGCCGUGGCAGGGUCCGGGCGCAGCAGUCGCUAAGAAGCGCUCUGAGCGAGAAGGAGAGCAGCUCGGAUGACAAGAAGAAGAAGAAGCAUACCAAGGCGUUCCCCAUGGCGUCGAUUGGUGUCGUGCAGUCAUGCUUCUCCACUAGGAAUGGGACGCCGAGGCAGCCUUUGGUGGUGCCACUUGCCAGGGCAACCGUGGUGCUUGAUCCGUCCCGUGUUCCCGCGGAAGCGCUCGAGGGACUUUCGGAUUAUUCACAUUGCUGGAUCCUCUAUGUGUUUCAUCUGAACACUGACCUUGAUAAAAUGUGGAAUGACCCUGCUAGGUCCAAGCUAAAAGCAAAAGUGAGAGUACCUAGGUUGAAAGGGGGCAAGAUGGGGGUUCUGGCAACUAGAUCUCCACACCGGCCUAAUCCAAUUGGACUUAGUGUAGCGAAGGUUGAGGCAGUGGAUGGGCAUUCAAUUUUGCUUUCUGGAGUAGAUUUGGUUGAUGGCACGCCUGUACUUGAUAUCAAACCAUAUCUGCCAUAUUCUGAUGGUGUUAUAGGUGCUGCUAUUCCUAAUUGGUUAGAGGUUGAUGGUGCAUUAGCUGUGGAGUCUAUCCACUUUUCUGAGCACUUCAUUUCUACACUUUCUGAUUGCUGGAUGCAUGUGCAAAAGCAAUCACUCUACGCUUCAGCAGAUGAGUUUCGGAAUCUUGUCAAGGAGGUUCUCUCCUGGGACAUCAGAUCACUGUCUCAGCGGAUCCGUCCCCAUGAGGUGACCAUAAAAGAUGACGCUCAUAAUGGCGGCAGCAAAAUUCACAAUGGUCACAGCAAUGAUGAGGAUCACCAAUCGGUUGAUCCCUCCACGAGCGUGGUCUACCACCUUCAUCUAGAUGGCAUUGAUGUGUCAUACAGAAUCGAUCAAGAUUCCAACAUUGUUGUUGAGAAUGCUGCCCUUCUUUCCAGUGCUGUGAACCAACACCGGUACAGCUACUUAACUUGGAGGGAAAAGGUAGUAACUUUGUAGGAAGCAUGGGUUAGAGCUUUAUGCUACUUACCAUGGGAGCAAAGUUGUAGACUUUGUAGGCAGCCCUGUGAAAUCCACUCUUCAGUAUUUUACGAGGUUAAUGGAAGAACUUGAGAGCAUUUUUCUCUCAUAAGUAAUUUGUCAGCUUGGAUUAAAUUUCUGAAGUGAAUGUGCGGAUUCUGUCAA